AUGGCUGCAAACACAAGCGGAGGGAUGAAGACGCACGCCGAGAGAAGAAGCGUCUGCGGUGCCGCGUGUCGCACUGGCGUCCCACACCCUGUCGAAAAGGCUAAAGCGCCCAGAAGCAGCAGUCCACUCACGGUCUAUGUGGCGCUGCCCUGCAACAUUGAGCAAGCCUUUCCAACAAUUGCAUGGGACGAUUUAGAAGACUGCACCACAAGAGAGAGCGACUCACUCGGCUCACAGGUGAAUGAAUCUGAUGGAGAUGAGCGAGACUUUGGGGAUUUUGCACUGGAUUUUAUGGCGGAUUCUUCGGUCAAUCUGGAGAGCGGCCUGUCCCCUGCAGAGCUGGUCCCCUUUCAGGGCUGCGUCAUACCCCCCCUCACCCCUCAGCAGGUCUUCUCUCCAGAGGACGGCCUCACGCUUCCCAAUUCUUCCUGCGCACAUGCCCAGGAUGGUGCACUUUGGACGGGCAUCAGCAUGUGUCAAGCCAGGAUGGAAUGUGCUAUGGAAGUUAAUCACGAGGUGCCCGACACUUUGCACAGAAGACAAAGUGACCCGUCUGAAGAGAGGAACCUUCACCUGAGGCAGCUCGCAUGCCGAGCAAAGCUUCUGGCCUCUGUCCUGGAGAAACUAAUGGCAGUCAGAGAGCCAGAAAUCAGCGAACCGGCGAGGCCUCGCGAAGGUCAAUCCAUGAGUCCCUGCAAGAGGCAGCGACUGAACGACAGAUGCGAGUCCUCCGACUCCGUGGAGGAGAUGCUGAGAGACGUCAGCACGCGCUGCAAUGCCGUGCUGCACGCCACAACCGGCGGGAGGGCGCCGCCACAGGACUCGGACACUGUCCCCAUGUAUGGGUCAUUCCCGGGCCUGCAGACCUCCAUAUGCAAGGAAAGAAGCAACGAGGUGGAAGAGGACGUGUUGUCUUUCCGCACGUCUUUGAGAGAGCACAGCAGUAUAAGGACACGUGUGUUCCCUCAAGGCCGGGCCUUCACCUCGGGCACCCGACAAGGAGGAUACCGCUUCCGCUGGGUUCCCAACCACAGUUGA